AUGACCAUCCCCUACCUCAUCCUUCAUAAAAGCGACGCCAGUCCAGGUGCCCAACUUCGACGGCCGUUGGCCGCCCCGCAGCCAGGCUCGCGCAUGCGCACCUACAGGCCCAACCACCGCAACGAACUCUGGGAGCCCGUUGCAGCAUCUGCAGUGCUUGGACUGGAUACGACCCUGAACCCUGGUGCCUCCAUGACUCCUUUCACCACACUGCCCUUUCCCCAGCUGACUGUUGGCCCUGAACACCAGUCUCUUGGAGAGCAGCUUCUGCUGCCCCUGACAACCCCGUCACUGCCUCCUGGCUUCCCUCUGGCACUGCCAGGUUUGCCCAGUGCCCCUCUGGCAGCGAGAGAUGCUGCUCGUGGUCUCGUUGGGACUGGGGCUUGCAACAUCAUGGACCAGGUCAGGUCAGAAGUGGGGCAACCACAGCCACCCCAGACUGAGACCAUCGUCCUGACACAGGCACCCCUCAACAAGAGUGCUCCAGAGGCCCUCUGUGGUGGUGCUGUGUGUCCUGCACCUCCAUUCUUGGAAGCCUCUGCAGUGGAGACCAUUUUGUCUACCUUGGCUUUGGGGGGUGCCCCAGCUGGCAAGGGAGGCUGGUAUCCCAGCCUUCCUCCUCAAGCUCCACCAACAACUGCACAGCUGGCCUCCAUCAUCCCUCCAGUGAACGCUUGGCCUCAGCUACCUGGGGCUUGCAGCAAGGGUGGCCUGGCCACCUCUCAGUCCCAGGCCUUUCCAGAUGACUUCUAUAACCCCAAGAACAUGUAUGAGAACUUCCAACGUUGGCGUCGCUUCAAGGUCCUGGCCCGUGGGCACCUUCUCCAGAGUCCUGAUGCAGAAGCUCUUUCCUGCUUUCUCAUCCCAGUGCUCCGCUCGCUCUCCCACCUGAAGCCCACCAUGACUUUGGAGGAGGGAAUAGGGCAGGCCAUGCAGGAGUGGGAUCGCAAAAGCAACUAUGACCGGAUGACCUAUUACGAGAUGGCAGAAACGUUCAUGGAGCUUGAGGCAGAGGAGGAGAUGCAGAUUCAGAAGUUGCAGUUGAUGAAGGGGGCACAAGGCCUGCAUCCAGCAGCCCCACCGAGACCUGAUCCUCAGGGACCCUCAGCCCAUAUGGUGGGCCCACAGCCAGGUACAACAGAGUUGUGCAUUCCCAUGGAGGACAUACCCAGGGCCCAGGGUGCCCACAGACCCCAGGUGACCCAGGAGACUGAGACAUCUGAUGAGAUCCCCCCUGAAGCCGUACAAGAGUACAUGGACAUCAUGGAUGAGUUGGAGGGGCUGACCCACUCAGCCACAGGGGACAAAGGUGGAGAACGGGAAGAGGACAGAAAGGAGUUGCAGCAGGGACAGGAUGAGACUUGCCUGGACCUGGGUCUCCUGAAGUACCUUGAAUAUCUGUGUGACCAGGACGACUAUGUCACCCAGGUGAAGGCCAUUCCCGACGAACUCCUGAAACAAGUGGUUACCAUAGAAGCAAUGCUGGAAUUCCUGCCUGAAGCUGAAAAGAUGGCACAGCAGUUAGGACUCCCUCCUGUCCAGCCAGUAGAGUACGAGGUCCUGGCCUCCAAGGUGGAGGAGGGUGUGCAGGCACCCCAGAGUCAUGGUGCACCCCAAUUGGACUCAAGUCCUUCAGAGUCUGUGGCCAGCCAGGAUGCCCAGAGGUGUGCCCACCACCCCCAGCUGGGGGUCAGUGACAAAGGCUUCUCAGCAGAGACUGACUUCCAGGGCCGUCAAAAGCAAGGUGGAGGAGAUGCACACCUGACCAAGCCCAAAGCCUUUGCUGUCUCAUCAGGACAUCAGGAGUGCCCAGCACUGAGGGCUCCAUGCUUCUCCCCUCUUCCCCAGGGGUACAAGCACACUUACUGUAGGCGGGUGCCCAGGGAUGCCUCUACUCCCAGAGAGACCUCUCUUGUUAGAGAAACUCUCAGGUCAAUGGGCAGGCCCAGUGAGAAUGAGGAGGACCUCCCCAGUCUGACCUUCCUCAUGGCCUCUCCUAAGAACCUGCUGCCCUGUACUCUCUCUCUGAGUCCUGUCUCUGCCCCAGGCCUUGCCUGCCCUGAAGGUCGGGGGCGCAGGCCAGCUGCCCAGUCCCAGACCCAAAAGAGAAAGUGUGACCAGUCUGUCACAGGGACUUGGAGGAAGCGGCAGUGCAGCUACUAUGGAGCAGCGCCAUGUCCCUCCCACUGCCAGCCUCAGACAAGAUGGGGGUGCCCAAACCAGAUAUGA